CAGCAGGAAUAAAGACAACUUUACUAGCACCUUUGUUACCAUAUGGAGUUUUGCAAUUGGGCUCAUUUGAAAAGGUUGAUGAAAAUCUAGCCGUAUGUGCUGAUAUUAGAGAUAGAUUCUUCACUCAUACCUACAUGACAAACAUCGCGUUGCCUAGUUAUGCUGAUGAUCUUCUUCUUUGUUCGUCGAUUCUGAUGGCUGAACCAGAAAACAACGAUGAAUCAUCUUUCACUUACAACAACCUGCAAAGUAUGGAAUAUGAGGAUAUUAAUAUAAUUCAUGAUGCAGAAUUCAUAGAAAACGAUUUCCCAGCCACUUAUGAUCAACUUGUUCCUUUAAUGGAGGAUAAUUUUCUCGAGCUUGAGGAAAUUUCCUGUAUUAUUGAUGAUCAGAACAUGAUUUAUCCAUACUUGAAUACCAAUAUUGAACCAAUUACAAGCGAACUUCUUAGCACUGAUACACCAUAUGCAACAACAAUGUGGAUGUUUUCUUGCCAUGAAGAAGAUUUUAAUGAUGCUAGAGUAUCUGAAGACUUGUCUGGUGGAAUAUGUUCUGAUUCUGUCCACAAACAAGUGAGAUGUCCGUCUGCAGUUGGAUUCAGAGUAGAUCAUACUGACUGCAGAAAUCUCGACAAUUUCCUAAGAGAUUGUGUGCUACCAGAAGAGGCAGCAGAAAUGUGGAUGUUUCCUAGACAUGAAGAAGAAUUUGAUGAUGCUAGAGUCUCAGCAAAAACAUGUGUUCAGAGAUGUUCUGAUUCCGUUCUCAGAGAAUUAGAAUUUUCUCUGACAGUAGAAUCCGGAGUAGGCCUCAGUAGCAGCAGAAAUCUCAGCGUUUUUCCUAGAGACUGUGAACUACAAGCAGCGAUUCUUCAGCCAGAUUUUAUAAUGUAUGAUGAGUACGAUUAUAGGCACUCAGAAUGCACAAACAAGGAAAAUGUGUACUCUCAGGAAGGAUUUUGUUUUUCAGCAGUGGAAUCGUGUGGACUAGUUGAUGAACGUGGUAAACAAGAACAUCUGUUGGCAGAUGUGGUUGCUACUUCAGUUAAUAAUUCCUAUGACAGUACUAGUUUUAAUCGCUGUGAAACUAGUAAAUCAUCUGUAACCUCAUUGGCAGAGACGACUCCUGAUACCAUCUCAGUACCAGAAGAGUGCAACACUAUGUCAGACAACCAAACCAUGUUUGGUAUGACUUCAGCCCCCUCAUUGGAGAGCUUAGAAAGUGCAGCAGUUGCAGAUAAGCAACAACUCGAACGUGCUUCUAAGUUGCUUGACGAUAAGAAUCUCAAGAAGCCCAAACACAGCAGGGGCAAGAAGGAGAAACCAAAGAGUAAUGAUAGACCGAGGCCAAGAGAUAGACAACUUAUUCAAGAUCGACUCAAGGUGUUGCGCAAAUUAGUCCCAGAUGGUACAAAUAGUAGCAUUGAUGGACUGCUAGACCAAACUGCAAAGCAUAUGAUGUUCUUAAAAAGCGUGACAGAACGAGCAGAGAAAAUGAAACAAUUCAUAAGUCAAGAGGAUAAUGUUUCUUUAGAAGGUGGAAAUGACUUCAAAGCAUGCCCUAUUAUUGUAAAAGAUUUGGAACAUCCUAGUCAGUUUCAGAUACAGAUGAUCUGCAAUGAUGAAGGAGCCUUCUUUGAGAUAGCAGAAGUAAUGCACAAAUUAAAACUGACCAUCUUGAAAGGGGCUAUGGAAAAUCGUCGUAACAAAUGGGCAAGCUUCAUAGUUGAAGCUUCAAAGGGGUUUAACAAAUUGGACAUAUUCUGGCCUCUAAUGCGAAUAAUACAGCAAAAUGGUAACUGGAUGACAGACCAACUGUGUCCUUAAAUAUGUAUUCCUUUUCGGCGUUGGCUAAGAAUUGAAGUGGCAAUGAAGGAGAACAUGAUAGAAUGAUAUCUAUGUUUUUUACAAGAACUCAAACUUCGUGAUCAACAGUGAAAGAAAGCUGUUAUUAUGUACAAUAAGUUAAUAAGUUUGUAUCUACCAAGCUAUGUUUUGAGGUCUUAAUACAACAUUAUUUUCACUCAGCUUCACUAAUUGGAUGCAUAAUCGUCGUUUGUUUGUUUAGUUAUUCGUCUUUUGGUUAAGUAGUCGAUAAUUAGUGUGUCAAUGCUUAGGUUGAAGGUGUAGUUAGCGGGACAAAAGGCGGUCUUAAGGAAGGAGCAAGAUUGUAUAAACGUCUGGCAUGUCUAAAUUUCAAGGCAAAUGUAUUAUUCCGUAUUAGCCGCAUUUGAUAUAUACUUUGGACAUAGGAUUUACAUCUGUACAUUUAGUAAUCUCGAAAAUUAGUAAACAAUUUGGGA